CUAAGCUUUUGUUGGAAGUUGAAGAAUUACUGCAUAAGAAUUUGGAAAGGGAAAACGACGAAUCCAUCUCAAACUUAUAAAGAUUCAACCUCACAAAUAAUUCCAAGGGGGCCACCAGGUCCGAGAAUUAAUGUAGUGUCGUCAUUCAGGAAUGGUUCUUCAGAAUUAUCAGUGCACAUAAAUCCUAAUGAAACAAAAAAUAACUUAGGGAUGGAUAUACCUGUUGGUAUUUUGCUGUUUUUCCUUGGGUUUACUAUUGGGAUCAUUGUCACAGUGUCCUUUCUUAAACUAAAGAGAAGAAAAGUAGCUAAUCCAGACUCGGUUGGGAAUCAAGCUUCAAUCCAUGCUAUUUCCCCUUUACAUCAACAAAUACAGCCAGUGACUAAAUUGAAGCAAUGUUUUAUGGAUAUUCCAUAUUUAAAAGCAUAUGGAUAUGAUUCCAAGGCAGCAGACAUUGGUUAUAUAGAACGUAAUCAGGAGACCAUGGGGAAAACCAUCGAAGAAAGAGACAUCGAUCACUAUGACGAUAUUGGGAGUGUUAGUAGAAACAUAGCUGAAGAAAGAAGUCACAAAAACGAUAUGUACUUCCGACUUGAACCCUUAGAGGAUACAUGUAUCUGAAAGAGAGUGUGUGUGUGCUUUUGUAACGUUU